AUGUCUGCUCCCGGGCCAUACGACAAGAAAUCUCAAGACUCCUCUCAGGAGGUUCUCGAGAAGCCAGUGGCCACCACCACCAUCCAGUCUGCGGAAUCCCUUGAGGCGGCGGGCCCCACUUUCGACGACAAGCGCACCCGGCGACUACUCCGCAAACUGGACAUCAACAUUGUACCGUUCUUGUCGCUACUUUAUCUACGCGUCGGAAUAACCUGCUGCUGUCUUCAGAUCGCUCUUGCCGUCUUUUUUCCAUUCUACGUCGCUGCGGAGAUCCCAAGUAACAUUAUGAUGAAGCGAACUAGCCCAUCCCUCUGGCUUGCUAUUAUUAUGUUCGGCUGGGGAUUAUGCAUGACUCUGAUGGGAAUUGUGAAAUCUUUCCCCGGCUUGCUGAUCGCUCGUAUGGCUCUGGGACUGUGCGAGGGUGGGCUGUUUCCCGGAGUAACGUGGUACAUCACUCUUUGGUACCGCCGCCAUGAGUGCGGCCUGAGGAUGGCCAUCUUCUUCUCCGCUGCCACCCUUGCCGGUGCUUUCGGCGGACUCUUGGCCAGAGGCAUCACGGAGAUGAGAGGAGUCGGAGGUUUGGCUGGUUGGGCAUGGAUCUUUAUCCUGGAAGGGUUGGUGACAAUUGUCGUAGCCUUCAUUGCCAAGUUUGUCAUUCACGACAAUCCCGAGACUGCGAGAUUUUUGACGGCGGAAGAGAGGACUGAAGUCAAGACGAGGCUCAAGCAAGAUAGGACGUCUUUGGCGGAUGAGUACAACAGCAAGUACCUCUGGGAUGCCCUCAAGGACUGGAAGAUCUACGUUCACAUGCUUAUCACCAUCGGCAUCUACACCCCACUCUACUCUAUCUCCCUCUUCCUCCCCACCAUUGUCAAAGCCAUGGGCUACACCAACGAGAAAUCGCAACUCAUGAGCGUGCCACCCUACGUCGCCGGCUGCAUUGCGACCAUCCUCGGCGGUCUCUUCGCCGAUCGCGCUAAACAACGAGGCCUGUUCAUGAUGGGAUUCUGCGUCAUUGCUAUCAUUGGCUUUGUGAUGUUGAUCUCGAGUCACAGCCCUGCUGCCCAAUAUGUUGGGACGUUCUUCACAGUUUGUGGCAUCUAUCCCAAUGUGCCAUUGGGAGUUGCGUGGAACGGCAACAACAUCGGUGGUGCGACCAAGCGAGCAGUUGGUAUCGCCAUGCAUGUCGCGUUCACCUACCGCUCCACCGAAGCACCACGAUACUUUGCUGGACACGGUCUCCUCAUCGCCACCACUACCAUGAGCCUCGUUCUUUCAUUCUUCAUGCACGUCUACCUCCGAAGAGAGAAUAACAGGCGAGAUGAAGAACUGAGGCAGGAGAUGGAUGCUGCAGGGGGCAAGAUCGUUUCACGCGACGAGUGGUACACACAGGAGAUGCGCGAAAAAGAGCGAGAGAGGGGCGACUAUGCUUCUUUCUUCCGCUAUACGAUUUGA